UCAGGAGAGAUUGAAGAAAAAGAGAUGCAAGAGACGCCAAGUGAAAGUUUGGCACAACUUCGAUGAAAGCAGGAGAAAGAAGCAACGCAGGGACUGUCUUCCUUUUUUAAAACUGGUACCGAGCAUCAACGCGGACAGCAUCACCACAUCUCCAUCAUUUGGCUUGUAUCUUAUAAGAGGAGAGAAGAAAUCUGUUUGUAAAGGACUCACGGAAUCGCGUUAACGAAGUUGUCUUUGUGUGACUGCUGAGAAGCCAUGAUCUUGAACGUCUCUGACCUGGGCUGGGAUGAGUCUUCAGGUGCAGACUCCUUCUUCCCUCUAGACCAACUGGAGAGCUCGUCAACGUAUGAAGUCCCGCCCCUCACCGUGUGGGGUGUGGCCCUGUGUGUUUCAGGAACUCUCAUUGCCACAGAAAACGCAAUAGUUGUCACCACCAUCUUGGCCACCCCGUCUCUUCGUGCCCCUGUUUUCCUGCUGCUGGCUAGCCUCGGAUUGGCGGAUCUCCUGGCAGGUGUCGCUCUGAUUUUGCACUUCCUCUUCCUGUUCUGCGUGGAGCCCAGUGAUUGGUCAGAAUUGCUGACCUCAGGACUUCUGGUGACAUCACUAACUGCCUCCCUCUGUAGCCUGAUGGGUGUCGCUUUGGACCGAUACCUGUCUUUAAGCAACGCCCUCACUUAUGGCUCAAGCCAAUCACGUCACAGAGCCGCCAUUCUCCUGCUGCUGGUCUGGUUGGGUGCAUGCAUCAUUGGGGCAGGACCUGCAAUGGGAUGGCACUGUCUGGGAGAGCCAAACUCCUGUUCUGUAGCGCGACCUCUGACCCGGACAUACCUAUCGCUGCUGUGUGGUGGCUUUCUUGUGGUUGUAAUGGUAACCCUGCAAUUGUACGCUGGGAUCUGCCGUGUGGCAAGGCGGCAUGCCCACGCCAUCGCUACCCAGAGGCACUUCCUCCCUGCCAACCAAUCAUAUUCAAGCAAACACAGCAGUGGGAGGGGCUUCUCUCGGUUGAUCCUGCUGCUCAGUGUGUUUGUGGGCUGCUGGAUGCCUUUCUCCCUCUGGGGGCUGCUGGGCGACGCGUCCAGCCCUCCUUUGUACACCUAUGCCACCUUGGUGCCGGCGGCGGGCAGCUCGCUGCUGAACCCAAUCCUCUACAGUUUGAGAAACAAAGACAUUCGCAAGGUGCUGCUCCAGGCCUGCUGUCCACACAGAUUCACACACAACACAAACACACACUACCCUGCUGAUGUGUAGACUGCCAAACCUCACCAGACUCAAAACCACCAUACUAUCUAUGCCAGACAUAUCACUGUUUGUGUGCCAAGAUACACACAUAGCUGCAUUGACUGUCAUACAGAACAAGUCUCACAAACACACACACACACACACUCCUACACAUGCAAGAAACACUUCUCUGAGAGAUAAAGUUCCUCUGAGAAUCAGAAUGUUCUGGACUGUCCUGACUGGCAGACAUUUUGGGAUUACUGACUAAAUGUACUGUCUUGUUUGUACUUUGUGCCUCAUCCUCAGUCAAUUGUAGCGCCACUGAAACAAUCACAGGGACGCUAUAUACGGUAUACCCCCACUCAAAGAAAGUGGAUUUAAUCACCAUUGGCACUUUAAGGCGAGAGGAUGGGAUGGGUUUUAAAUGUAAGCCUGUCACAUUGUAAUGACAUGUGAGCCAAAGUCCAAUUUUAUUUACUUGAAUGUCUAGAAAACAAAAUGUUCUAGAUCUUCGAGAUUCUAUUUUGCACAUGCUGUUAAAGGCACUUUGAAAAGGUACUGACCAUAUGUUCGUGUUGCACAGCCUUUUUGAAAUGAAUGAAUAUUUUAUACCGAUGAAUAAUAAAUAUGCUUUUUUUCUA